AUGGCCGGAAAUAGUGAAAUAGAAUCAAAGCAGCGAAAGACUACAGUGGACCCCAAAUUGGCGUCAUAUGGAGUUGAGAAUCCAUUGUAUGCGGUAAUUCAAAUAGCACAGACAACUAUGCGAAGUGAGCUUGGUAAGAUCACCCUCGACAAGACCUUUGAGGAAAGGGACACAUUGAAUGACAAGAUUGUGAUGGCCAUUAAUGAUGCUGCAAAAGACUGGGGCUUGAAAUGUCUUCGUUAUGAAAUAAGGGAUAUAUCUCCUCCACCUGGGGUUAGGGCAGCCAUGGAGAUGCAGGCAGAAGCAGAACGUAAAAAAAGAGCUCAAGUUCUGGAGUCUGAAGGUGAGAGGCAGGCGAAUAUAAAUAUCGCCGAUGGAAGGAAGAGUUCUGUGAUCCUUGCCUCUGAAGCUGCAAGGAUGGACCAGGUCAACAGAGCACAAGGUGAAGCUGAAGCCAUCCUCUCUAGAGCACAAGCUACAGCGAAAGGAAUAGCCUUGGUGUCGCGAACCCUUAAAGAGCAUGGAGGUACAGAGGCAGCAAGCUUGAGGAUUGCAGAGCAGUACAUCCAAGCCUUCAGUAACAUUGCAAAGGAGGGUACAACACUGUUACUUCCUACAAAUGCUUCUAAUCCUGCCAGCAUGGUGGCUCAAGCUCUUACCAUAUACAAAAACUUAACGGCCAAGAAUGCUGGCGUUGAGUUUCCAGAGACCUCUCAAGCUGAGUUGACACAGAGUGAUUUAUCUGCUGAGUCAAUUGACAAGAAGGAUCACUGAGUGCUUUGUUAGACUCGUUUAUAGGGUAGCUUUAUCUUUUAAUUAGCCAUUCUGGAUUAUUUAGCUUUACACACAUCUCUAGUCUUGAGUAGAUCUGGUCAAUGAUAGGAUGCCUAUUCUUUUCACAUGGACUUGCUUGCACCAUUGUUCCGCUGAUUGUGUUACUGAGAGAGCGGAUCCAAGAUUUAAACUCUAUGAGUUCAAUCUCUAAGUUUUUUAGCAUUCAACCAAUUAUAUUUAA